AUGGUUCGUCAUGAUGAUGAUGAUGGUGGCAUUGACUUUGUUGCAAUCAUUUGGAACCCCUAUAUUAGAAAGUUGGUGGUUUUACCUAAGCCGGGACUUGCCGUGGCCAAAAAUAUUCAAGGAAUAAGAUAUGCCUUUGGUUAUGAUUCUUGCACCAACGACUAUAAGGUUUUGAGAUUUGUGAACUAUAAGUACUUACACAACGACGAUAAGACUUUGAAAUUUGGGAACUAUGUGUCCUUCCGCAAACCACCUACUUUUCACGUUGAGAUUUGGUCGUUAGCCACAGGCUCCUGGAAGAGUCUUAUUGCUGCUGAUGAUGAUGAUAUUAUCCCUGCCAACUUUUAUCCCGAGCUCUUCACUAGAUCACGUGUUGUGUGUGUCAAUGGCGCUCUGCAUUGGCUCCAAAUCUGUCGCCACCUGAACGGCGUCUCGGAGCUCUCAGGGUAUUUGGUUGCGUGGUUUGAUAUGGCAAAGGAGAUAUUUGGUGAGACAAUGGUGCCAGAAGCUUUGAGGAAAAAAUUACACUUUCAAUCGGGACAAGAGUGGUUUAUUUCAAGAUACAGAGAGACCAUUGCCCUUGUCAAGAUUCGUAACUACAGAUUUCUGAGGGGUGAUUGUGUUCAGAUUUGGGUGAUGAAAGAGUAUGGUGUGGCGGCGUCUUGGGCUAAGUUAUUUACUGUGCAGCUGCAAAAUGUUUUUGUGUUGGCGCCACUUGGUCUUAAAAAUAGCGGCGUGCUUGGUUUCAGAAAGAAUGGUGAAGUGGAGCUUCGUGAUGUUUUGGUGAUGGUGUUCGAUUGCUGGACCCUAAGUCUGAACAAGUUAGUGAUUUUCUAA